UCAAAACAAAACAAAAAAACGCAACUAAAGAGAAAACGAAAAACCUUAAUCUUAAAAAAAUCUGUUUACGGUUAACUAACCUGGGACAUCAAAUCAAAAUCGAAAAUCACACCGCAUUGUAAAAAAGUUUCCCUCCUUCUAUUCCAAAAGCAAGUUUUCGACCAUAUUGUAUGAAUCCAAGGAAAAAUGCAAUUCGAAACUUAAAAAAUGGCAACUUGGACAAAAAAUCAACCUGCUGGCUCAACAAAAAGAAGAAAAUGGAAUUUGGAAGAUCGCACCUCGUUGAAUAAUCUUAAAUUUCACAUAGCUUCAGAAGGGUGCUCUGAGGUUCAAUAUGAUUUGGCUAAGCAGUUAUUAGACAAAACCAUAGACGAUAAUGAGGAAUCCUCCAGCCAACAAGCCGUUCACUGGCUUAUAUGUGCCGCACAACAGGGACACGAAGAAGCGGCAAAUCUCCUCCAGAAAUGCUACGAUGAAGGCUGUGGCAUCACAGCGGAAAACGAAAAUGAAGUACGACUUUCUUUAUCCAUGACGCCUGGAGAGAGGGCAGCUCGCAAAGCUGCCCGCGAAUUAUUUUCAUGUCUUUCGAAUGGUGGCAAGCACAUAACACCCAAACAAUUGGAACGCAAGAUGAGAGAGAUAUAUAAAAUGCAAAAAGCCCGCAGACAACCAGGAGACUCAACAUCUACUUCGGAAGAUGAGGAUCAUGCACCACAACAAUCGCUCGAAGAUGGCUCAGGUCCCAUAGCUAAUGGAUCAAUAAAUUUAAGACAUCACCCUACGGAGCGCAAAAGAAAAACCCGCAGAAGCCGUCUAAAUGUACCCGAACCUGGCAGCAAUGAACCGAUUACUGAGGAGAAUUUAGUAUCUGCUGCAGUAAAUUAUACAGCUGGUCGUAUGCCAGCCGUUAAUGAUGCCAUGACCUUGACGAUACCUCAUCCUUCGUCGUUGGAUCAUGUACCUUGUUUUCAUCGCCUGAUAUUCCAUCCCAUAGUAUUCUUUACCCUACUCUACCAUCGUUUGAUAAACAUUGUAGCAGAAUUUCCACAAAGGGUGCCGCCAAGUGUAAGACUGGCAAUUCUAUUGAUCAUCUAUUGGCUGGUUUCGACAGAUAAUCUCUCCACGGUGCUACCCAUUGGCUUUUAUUACUUGUGCUGGAGCACAAUGAUAUGGUCCACUUGCAAAAUGUUAAAGACCAAGCAUGAUUUCAUCGAUUUUCGCAUUUGGUCUGGACUGUUUUUGUCCUAUGGUGACCACAACAUAGAAGCUGAUAUUUCAGAAAAUCGUUUCCUGAGAAACAAUAUGCAGCCUUAUCUUUAUUUUUUCUGCGCCUUUAUUGGAAACUUUUUGGUCUAUCCCCUUAUAUCGGAAGAAUGGCUGCCGCACUCUGAGCUCACCAUUGUAGCGGGGGUAUUUGUAUUUUUCUCUAUGCUGGCCUUUAUGUACUCAACACAACGAUUUCCCGAUUGGAUAUUUCUCAUUUCGUUCGGUGUUAAUGUGCUAGCCAAAUAUCCAUAUGAAAUGGAUGAUGUGGUGACCACAGGUUGGCGUUUCCUAGAUCUAAAAGUGCCCACAUUUUGCUCAUUUGUUAUUGGCAAUGGCAUAGAAUUUUGCCUAAAUUGUCGCACAGCUCUCUAUUUGUUAAUACCUUUGUUUUUGGUACACCUGGCGAAGAGAUCUAAUUGGCAUGGAACUUAUACUCACCUGAUACCGCAUUGUGUAACGCUUAGUUGGUUGCAAUUGUGUAUAACCAGUGCCCAGAGUGCAACCAUGUUUGGAGUUGUAAGAGCGACUUUGGGUUUAGCUGGCGUUUUACUCUUUCUGCCGCUGUUUGGUCUGGUGUCUCUGUUGAUUCCUGUCUUUGUGGUUGUCGAAUGGCUGGGCUUUACAAAUCCAAAUAUACGUUUGGGCAGCACGGUUGUUGCCUCGAUGCUGGCAGUUUUGGGUUCCUGCGUUUUGGCCAUAAAUCGUACAACACAAAAAUAUGUAACAGCUUUGCAGGUUUUAAUUUGCAUUAUUGCUGCUUCCGUUCUAACAUUCCCCUAUAUGACAUCCAACUUUAAGGAUACCACACGUUUCAAUUCCAUGAUUCCCGAUUUGAAACAUCAUCAAUCGGUUAUAACCACUCUACCAGCAGAGGAAGUCCAUAUGCCUCCUCCACCCCCUGAAUAUUUAAGUUGGCAACGAUUCUAUUCCCAUUGUGGACCACAGGCAUGGUGGAAGGAUAACAAUAAAAUUAAAUCACAACUGAAAUGUGCUCAUUUGGAAGGCCUUCCCGUCUCGUGGGAGGGUGAUGUUACCCAGGUACAGAUUGCCAGUGUCAAGAAUAAUCUAGCUUGGUAUAUACAAAAAUAUUUGCCCUCAUGGAUGGCUCGCAUUAUCACCUGUUGGUAUGGCGAACGUUUGGCGGCUGUAAACAAAUGUGAACCACAUCAAGAUAGAAUGUGCAGUGAUUUUGAAGAUAUUCUCAAAACCGCAAACUUGGAUCGAAAAUGUUCUCUACACAAAUGGAAUAGCUACGAAUAUGAGAUACGCAUCAACAUGUACUCGGGUCUACUGGACAAACGUCAAGAGGUGGUGUUGCAGGCUCAACACAAAUUCGGUAAUUUCUCAAAACGUUUAGUCGAAGGCGAUAGAGUUCAUUUCUAUGGCACUCUAACGAAUAGUCGCAUUGUCUCAUUGGCCUCGGCACAUAUCUAUGAGGAAUACCUAUUGGGUGGCUCACCCAUGGCUCACAUCAAAUUGGCUGCCAUUGAGUGCUUGCAGUGCCAAGAUCGCGAUAGCCAACCCGUCAUCAUAGAUGCUCUCAUUAAAUCGCCUGUCGAUGCUCGCAUGCGUGAUCUAAUGCGCGGCAUAAAGUAUUUGUUAAAUGUAUUCUUAAGUCCAUUAAUAACAUUCAAAUGAAUUAAGUUUAAACUUUUGCUUCUUUCUUGCGUUUUUGUUAUAUUGGUAUUUUUUAUGUGUAUCUCACUCGCCGCUGUAUUUGCCCCAGUGAUAAUCUCCAUAAAACAAUGGUCACAGGGGCAUUUUAAGCGGUGUGUUCCAUUAUUUUUUUUUUCUCUCGUGGCAGUCACAUUCGCUGCUGCCAAUGUGAAAAAUUCUCAAGUAUGAACAACUAAUUAUUAUUAUAAUUAACAAAAUAAUUUAUUUAAUGUUGGCGGGCUGUUUAAUUUCCAUAUGCCGCUUGGAACGAGACCUAUUAAUAAGAAUAAUAAAAACAACAACAAUUUUAACGUA